GGACAUAUCAAGGAGCUUGGGUUUGCAGGAGGUAAUAGUUGAGAGUGAUUGCUUCACUGUUAUUAGAUCGUUGCGAGAUCAGACGAAGGGAGCUAGUCAUUUUCAUUUAAUUCUUGAUGACAUUUUAGAUUUAUGUAAUAGCUUUAUUUUUGUUUCUUGGGAGUUUGUUAAACGAGGAUGUAAUAAGGUGGCUCAUUCGUUAGCCCACUAUCAACCUUGAGUGGUUGGCUAUCGUGUUUGGGAUGGUGAGAUCCCUCCUUGUAUUGUUGAACUAGCUUCGUCUGAUUUAUCUAUUUAGUGUGCCCCGUGUGGGUUUUUUCAAAAAAAUAAAAAUAAAAUAAAAUAAAUAACAUUGGUAAGCUUUAAAUUACAUUUAUUGUUAAUAUGAAAGAUCCUUUUCUUAAUUAAAAAAUUAGGGCUCCCUCUUUAUUAUAUGUCAGGUCGAGUUGUGUCGUGUCGUGUUGUGGCAUAUGUUGGCCUCACUAGGUGAAUGACCCAUUGACCCCAUUCAGGCAUUCACAACCAAAAAAAACAAAGGAGAAUCUACGAAGUUCAAAACACUUAUAAAACGCGGGUUAAUUGCACUGAAACAGACAAACCAAUGAUACGAAAGACGGUUAAGAUUACAAAAUUCUUUUCAUAAUCAUUAUAAAAUCUUACACCAAAACCAAUUUCUAACCGAAUUUCUAGCGACACCCACUACAGUCCAUAGCUGCGUAUUUGGGGUACCCAUAUUCGUUUUCUUUAAUACCCAUUUCUCGCUUCUUCAAGAAAACACCAAGAAAUUGAGGAAUUUCACAAGAAAAUGGCGGAAUUGGAGAUACCCAGAUUGUAUUAUGGCGAAAUUUUCAGUAGAUUGCUCGUAAUUUUGAUCUUCCUUACUUUGUUUGGGUGUAGCAGUGCACAACCUCAAGAGGCUCCUGCCUAUAUUCGAUUUACUGCAAAUGCUACAGAAUUCCCUGUGGAAGAUUAUUAUGAUUAUAUCAUUGUUGGAGGUGGAACAGCUGGAUGUCCAUUGGCAGCUACCUUGUCACAGAAUUAUAAGGUACUGCUGCUGGAAAGAGGAGGAGUGCCAUAUGGGAUUCCAAACUUGAUGACUCAAGAAGGCUUCUUGGCCACUAUUUUGGAGAUCGAUACAUUUGAUUCUCCUGCACAAGCAUUUACUUCAGAGGAGGGUGUGCCCAAUACUCGUGGCCGGGUUCUUGGUGGAAGCAGUGUUGUAAAUGCUGGAUUUUACAGCAGAGCUGAUCAAGAGUUCUAUGCCAAAUCUGGCCUUUCUUGGGAUUUGAGAAUGGUGAAUCAGUCGUAUGAAUGGGUGGAGAAUGCUAUUGUGUUCAGACCUGACUUAAGAAGUUGGCAAUCUUCUGUAAGAGAUGGUCUGUUGGAAGCUGGGGUGAGUCCAUAUAAUGAUUUCAGUUUGGAACAUGUUUUAGGAACAAAAAUUGGUGGAUCCACAUUCGAUAGCUCUGGCCGAAGGCAUAGUGCUGCAGACCUUUUGAAUUAUGGAACAGCUUCAAAUAUAAAGGUAGCUGUCCAUGCAAAUGUAGAGAGGAUUAUACUUGCCACAUCUUCUCCAGCUGACAGCUCAAAAUUGUCAGCAAUCGGAGUGGUGUACCGUGAUACACGGGGGCAUUACCAUCAUGCAAUGGUGCGUGGUCAGGGUGAGGUUAUUCUUUCAGCUGGAGCCAUUGGGAGUCCUCAGCUUCUUUUACUCAGUGGAAUCGGUUCAAGGCCAUACCUGUCAUCAUGGGGUAUUCCAGUUUCCCAUCAUUCACCGUAUGUGGGCCAAUUUCUCUAUGACAACCCAAGAAAUGGAAUAUCAAUUGUGCCUCCAACACCUUUAGAACAUUCACUUAUUCAGGUUGUGGGCAUCACUGAAUCAGGAGCGUACCUGGAAGCUGCAUCAAAUGUAAUCCCCUUUGCUGCCCUUACCCAUCCUGCUUUUGCACGGUCACCAUCUUCUCCUCUUUAUCUUACUGUGGCCACAAUCAUGGAGAAAAUUUCUGGUCCAGUUUCAUCUGGUUCACUUCGGCUAGCAUCCACUGAUGUUAGACUCAAUCCAAGCAUCAGGUUUAACUAUUUUAGUGACCCAAAAGACCUGGAUUUGUGCAUAGUUGGCAUGCGUAAGAUAGGGGAUAUUCUAAGAACCAGGUCCAUGGAAGAUUUUAAGUUUACAUGGGCCGGAGGUAGAGACUUCAGAUUUCUGGGACCUGCACUACCUACAGACCAAUCAGAUGACACACUAAUGGGUGAAUUUUGUCGCCGAACUGUGAGCACUAUAUGGCAUUACCAUGGUGGCUGCGUCGUUGGGAAGGUUGUGGACACUGAUCUUCGGGUGAUUGGUGUCAAUGCGCUCAGAAUCAUUGAUGGCUCAAUAUUAACAGUGUCUCCAGGAACUAAUCCUCAAGCCACCCUUUUGAUGCUUGGCAGAUAUAUGGGACUGAAGUUGCUUCAAGAACGAACAAGAUAAAUGUAAAUGUCCGUUGUGGACUUGUGGUAGCCAUAGCCAAUCCAAGCAAUAGUAGAUGCACAUCAUUUGUUCCUUCAAUAUACACAGCAAAGUGCUGGUGUAUGAUUCUUUUAUGCUUAUUUUUUUGUUCAUAGUUGGUAGAUGUAUGAGGAAUUGUUUUGUUAGCUGCACCGAUAGUAGAAUACUGAGGCUGUACAUACAUAGGAGUUGUUUCUAUAUAGAGCACCAUUGUUCCCAUGAUCUGGGUCAUCUGAAAGUUUUAUGGGAUACUAUCCAAGUAUCCAUACAUCUAGAUUUUGAUCAUUACAUAUGAAUUAAAACUUCAACUUACAUUGACUUUUCUUCC